AUGCGCCGCUGCUGCCUCAUCGAGGACGGGUCCGAUGGCGUGCGCCACAUUGUGUGUCGGACACAGGAGGAAGCCCUCAUGAUCACACUGGUCGGGGAGAAGGUGCACACGCUUCGGCACCCCGACGUCCAUCAGGGCAGCCAGCUCGUGUCGAGCAUGCUGGACGUUGUGCACCAUUUGACAGACAAGGUGAUUCCCGCCAAGACUGGUUUCUCGUACCACGCACUGGACGACACGGAGCUCAACUUCGUGGAGCCCACAGGCAUGAUGUACAACGAUCACCGCGUGUACGCUGUGCGCGGCCGGUGGGCGACGUACUUCUACUUUGACAACGCCAGCCAGUGGGUCAUGGGCACUGGCAGCGAGCUCUCUGCGUACGCUUUGCGGCGCCAUGUGCAACCCCCCCACAAAAUGUUCAGGCCCGACAUGAUCAUCGACCAGGACUGCGACCACCCAACAGCCUUCAGCACCGUGGCCUGGGAUCCAAACGUCAUUCAGGAGGAGGACCCGCCCAACUUGCACGCGCUCGUGACGGAACAGCCAUGCACCAUCUCCAUCACCGCCACGACACGCAGCUUCCAAGCACACCCUGAAGAGCACAUUCCAAACCAGCUUCAUCUCGUGCCCACAACCCUCCUCACCGACCCGGAGUCCACCUGCUGUGGUGGCAACUGCAACGACUGCAGCAAAUGCAUGAGGAGUGUGGGUGCUGGCCUUGCCACUUGCCUGGGCGGUUUGCUGUUUGCGCCCUGCAUCAUUGCCGGCGGCUUGCUCAAGGCGUGCUGCACCUCAUCGCCCUCCAAAGCUGCGCCACCACCUCCGCUUCGCCCCAAGCCCGCACCCGCGAUUGGCCCAGGCUACUACGACUUUGUACUCCACGACAAUGUGACCGUGAAGCUGACGGAGAUUCUGUUGCGCACUGCCCACUUCAGUCAAGACCCUGUUGUUGCCUCCUUCCUCUGCGCCACGCCAUCACCCGAGCAGCCAUCGCCGCUCCUCUCCCUCGUGCGCAAGCUCUCCUGGCGCCUUCCCCCGCUUGUUGAGCCGUUUGUUGCCGAGAUCUGCGCCGUUGUUCGGUCUGUUGCCGCGCACAUCAGCAUUGCAGAUGACCUGCAGCGCCGGCGCACGAUGCAGACAUCGCCGCUGGAGAAGCACGAGCUCGUUAGGGAGACACUGGAGAGGCACCGCGGCCACACGGACGCAGAGGUGGUAGAGGCUGUGCUGAUGAUCCGUGAACACAUGCAGGAGGACGUUUUGCCUGCGCUCAUCGACCUGCUGCACGGCGUUGUUGUUCGUGGGGACAAGUGGACCACAGACUCCGUCAACUUCAUCAACAUCUGCCCGGACCAGGUGCAGGGGGAGUUCCCAGCGCACCUGGCGCGCGGGUACUUCAACCGCAAGGACAAGCAAGUCAACGGCCGCGCCGUCUUCUACAACCGCAUAGUCAAGCGCACACUGUACUGGAGUGCUGCUCGCUCGCGCUGGGAAGUGGCCAGUACGGUUGCCGAGGACACGGAUAAGUUUGUGGAGGCGUACGCCAAAGAGGACUGCAUGUCCCCGGACGUGGCCACCACGUGGUAUUUCUACCGCCGUAGAAACGCUUACACGCGAGGGUUCGAGCCCAUGCAACGCGUCUGCAUGGAGCAGGCCCCAUCUGGGCUGCGGUUCCAAUAUCUGGAUGCGCUUGUGCGGACAAUUGCGGAGCUGAUCAAGGCGGCGGGUCUGCGCAUGGCAACUGCAAGCCCCAUGAUGCAGCAGAUGCGAGAUGUUCUGGACCACGCCAUCGCCCGCGUCAGCAUCGGUCACCCCGUCAACUUUGACAGCCCGUCCCUGCUCCACCUCUGCAGCCUCGUGUGCGACAUUCCCGCCAACAAUAAUGAUGGCUUCUUCGAUCUCAUCACAGAGUGCGCGCGUGUCAACUACUUUCACGGCUUCGUGGCCGGGUUUGACCUCACAGCCACCAUCGCGGGAUCUGAGCAGCACCAAGAGCAAGGCCCAAGCGCGGAGGCAACAGAGCAGUGGGCGUUUGUGCAAUUCUUCGACCGCAUCUUCAAGGGCCGCGACUUGCUGUUCAAUGCGAUUGUUCGGCUUCGAAGCGGCGAGCGCCUUUCUCGUGCCAUUGGCAGCGCCCCUAAGCUAACAGACGAGCGUGGAGAGCUUGAAGUGCUGAUGGAUGGCCUUGCGCGCCUCGACCACUGCAUCGGCAAGUGCGUCACCUACCGCAUGUUUUCUCUCUUCCUGGAUUCCUUUGGUAAGCUGGAGGACACGCUGCUGCAGGCCGCAGAUGAUGCCCGCACCGCAGCGCAGGCCGAGGCGCGCAGGGCCUUGGAGCAGCGUGCUGUCAUGCAUGGCGUGGGCCGCUUGUCUGCCCGGGAGGCUGCCGUGGACGCAACAGCCGCUGCUGCUGACGACUCAUCUUCAGCCCUGCGCGUCAUCUCGGCAUCGACUGUGGGCAUGGACAUUGCCAAUGCAAACCUCGAAUCCCUCCUGCGCGUGCUUGCCGCAACCAAGAGGAACGCAGCGUGGUCGCACACGCUCAGUGCCCGCGUUCCACAGCUGGCCAAGCCACUGGAGAGCGUGGUGGUGAUGGCGCGGGGGCUGCCGUACGCCCUGCCGCAAUUCAUCCUGCUGCUGGAAGAGGCGGUGACAGACAGCUGGACCACAGCCACGACACCAACCAGCCUGCAUCGCAACCCUGUCUCUGGCCACCUCAUUGAGCUGCUUGCCAACAUGACCGAGCACGCGGUUGCUCGCGGUGGGCUGACUCACCGACAUCACCAAAGCCACCACGACCGCCGCCGCCACUACGACGCCAACGCCGACGCCACUACGAGUGUCGAUGAUGAUGCUCGCCAGCACGCACUCGACAUGCAACUUGUGACCUCCACCAUCUUCCACGCCAACCCGGUGCCUGUGCUGGUGUCGCUCAUGUGUGGGCGCCAGCUGCACAACAACGUGUUUCGCACGACGGCCGAUCUUGGCACGCAGCUAUCCUGGUUCACCAGCGCCCUGCGUGCCCUGGGCAACCUGGCCAAGUCGAAGAAGGAGCACCGCCUGCGCAUCGUGCAUGAAGGCCUUAUCCCUGUCCUGCUCCGCUUCCUCAUUGUCGGCAACCUCAAGCUGAGGCACAACGCCACGCGCUGCCUCAACGAGACACUCAAGUUCACGCCGGAGAGCGUGGACGAGUUCCUGCAGCAAAGUGGACAUCUCACGGUACUGCGCCUGGCCCAGGAGGCCAGGAACGAAGACAUUGCCAGCACAGACACGCAGCUUCUUGGGUCACUGCUGAGCGUGCUGGCUGCCAUUGCAUCCGUGCCUGCCGGCGCCAACGCGCUGCUUGAUGAGCCCGAGUUUGUGGCGCUGUUGCGGGAAGCAGUUGAUGCGCAGACACGAGCGGUGGAGGGCAUGGCGGUGUUUGAUGCGUCCCUAGUGAGCCUGCUCAUGUGCGACCAGGUGAACCUGCUGUUUGUGGUGCUGCGGCAGCUGCAGGUUCCAACCAGCAUGAACACGGUGCGAGCAAACCUCGCCAACCUCGGUGACGCCCUCAUGCAGAAAGGGUUCCGCAGUAACAUGGAGCGCGUGGAACGGUGGCUGCACCACGACCAGGGCAGCGACAGCGGUGGUGGUGUUGGUGUGACGGGCAUUAGCGCUGUGCCCGGCGAUGGUGCUGCUGAUGAAGAGGAUGAGGAGGAUGAUAACCUCGUUGACGGCACACCGAUGCAGCCGGAACACGAGAGCGACUGUGACACGCUGCUCACGGGGCACCUGACCACACGCCAAGGGCAGCAGCUGUCACGGCGUGAGACUUACGCGUACCAGCUCGGCACACUCGCUGAUGUGUGCACGGAGAAAGGUGCUGGUGCAGUCAGGAGCGCCACGGCACAAGGCCCAUCCAGCGCACAGGAGCAAGCACCGCCACCAAAGGUGUUCUUGUCCUUCAGCUGGGCGCACCAGGUUACCCAGGAGCAGAUCUGCGAAGCUCUUAAGCAAGCUGGCUUUGAUGUCCUCCUCGACGCCAACUACAACCGCUCCCAGGCGCGGACGUUGAGCAGCGUUGCUACGGCCGUUGCAGAUGCAGAUGUGACGGUGGUUGAUUACUCCCCGGAUCACGACAAGUCCUACAGGUGCAACGCAGAGCUCAUGUUCAUCCACAAGUACCGCAAGCCCUUGUUCUUUGUGAAGACAGCUCGGGCAUCGCCACCAAAGGAGAGCCCGCUGGAGGUGCUGUAUUCACAGCACAUGCAGUUUGAUAUGACGCGGUCCGUACAGAGCGAUGACGUGGCACUGCAGCUGUGCAUGGCUCUCAAGGCCCACUUCUACAACCCAGCAACAACAGCCAUAACAACUGGAAUGUGCACGUCCGACCCCGUUCUGAUCAAGUUCGUGUCGGAUGCUGGUGUCGCAGCCAGCGAGGUGCUGCCUGUUUUGCAGCGCCGCGGCGUGUGGACCUUUGACCAGCUUCUGUCACUAACGCGGCACGAUGUGGAUUCGCUGCCAUUGCCUGUGCCAGACAGGGCUGCGCUGCAGGCCAAGAUGGAUCUUUUUGAGUAUGAGGUGCUGGUGACCUUUUUGCGGCGCGUUGGCGCUGCCUCACUGCAUGCGCUGAGUGCCCUGCGCAGCCACGGCGUGCUGUCGUUUGCGAUGCUGGCAGCGCUUGGGCGUGACGAGUUGAUGCAUAUGGGCUUGCACAUGGGUGACAUUGUGCAAAUUCUCAACAACAAGGGGAGCUUUGACGCGGACGCUGCACUGGCUCAAGUGAGGACACACCGUGGUGGUGGUGGCGGGUCUUGGUCGCAGCCCAGCGGGCUUGAAUCGCAGCCCAGCUGGGCGUUCCCACCGCUUUACCAGCAGCAGGCCCCAACACAACAGCAGCAGCAGCAGCAGCAGCCGCAGCAGCAGCAGGGGGAGGCGUCGGGGAGUGGGCAGGGCGGCUUGUCAAGCCCGCUGUCGGAUGAUGUGCUUCGUGCGCUGCAACGGAAGGAGCAGGAACUUAUGCAGGCGCAGCAGGAGAUGCAACGACAACAGCAAGAGCAAAUGCAGCAAAUGCAGCAAAUGCAAAGGCAGCAAGAAGGGCGUGAGCGGCAAUUGCGACAACAACACCAGCAGGGGCAACAAGUGGAGCGUGAGACGCAACAGCAACAACAACAACAACAACAACAACAACAACAACAACAACAACAACAACAACAACAACAACAACAACAACAACAACAACAACAACAAUCAUCGUCUGCUUUGGAAGGCGGAGAAGCGCUGCAAGAAGCUAGCCAGACGGAUCCCAGCACGUUGGCCAGUGGGCAAGGCGGAGAAACGACCGAACAAGGGCAAAGUGUGGAGAAUGCCACAGACAACGGAGUGGACACUGUCGCUGGUGAGUUGGCAGGCGAAGAUGAGACGUCAGCAGAGGGCGGUGAUAGCGCCCGAGAAGAUGCAACAGCGCGCACAACGACCGACGACGCCACAGCUCACGCAAUGGACAACGGUGCCACGGAGGAGAGCCCUGCAGAGGGCGCGCGGGACCAGGACACUAGCGUUUCAGAUGCAGCCUCGCGCGACGCUAGGACUGACCAAACACAACGGCCUGAGGCAGAGGCGGAGCAGGCCGACAGCGGUGCACCGACAGCGGGUAUCAUUGCCGAUGAUCAGGCAGCAGAUCACGAGGAGGAGGAGGAGGGCGAGGAGAACGAGGAAGAAGAAGAAGAAGAAGAAGAAGGAGAAGAAGGAGAAGAAGAAGAAGAAGAAAAAGAAGAAGAAGGGGAUGAUAAUGACGAUGAUGAUGACGAUGAUGAUGAGGGCCAGGAUGUGCAGGACAAGGAGCAGCAAGAGAAGGGAGAGGAGGGCGGUUCAGAGACAGAUACGGACACGGAUAACGAGGGUCCUAAAGGGGGCCGUGUGGUCAGCGUGUGA